ACUGCUGAGCCACGUCUAGCCGGGCAAAAUUCACCAUUUUAAAGUGUAUAAAGUAUAUUCACAAGGUUGUGUAACCAUGGCUAUCUAAUUCCUUAACUUUUCCAUCACCCUAGAAAGAAAUUCCAUAUCUAUUAGCAGUCAGUUCUAGUUUCCCCCUCUCCUCACUUCCUGGCAACCACUUUUUGUGUCUGUAGAUUUUUACCUCUUUGUGAACAUUUCCUAUAAAUAGGGUUAUAUAACAUGUGACCUUUUGUAUCUGGCUUCUUUAACUUAGCAUGAUAUACUCAAAGUUCACCCAUGUAUCAGUACUUCAUUCUUUUUUAUUGCUUAAUAAUAUUCCAUUGUAUGAAGUUACCACUUUUUGUUUACCCACUCAUCAAUUGGUAGACAUUUGGAUUGUUUUCACUUUUUUACUAGUAUGAAUAAUACUGUUAUAAACAUUCACAUGCAAGUUUUUGGAUAUAUACCCAGGAGUGGAAUUGCUGGGUUAUACAGUAAUUCUGUGUUUAAUUUUUUGAGGAACUGCCAAAAGUUUUCCACAGUGGCUGCACCAUUUUACAUUUCUACCAAUAAAGUGUGAGGGUUCCCAUUAUGUAUUCUUUAUACAUUUUUGGCAGACUAUAUUAUAUUUAAUAGUGUCGUGUGUAUUUAAAGAGCUUUAUUGAGGUACAAUUGGCAUAUCACAAACUAUACAUAUAUAAAGUGUAAAAUUUGCUAAAUUUUGACAUACUUGUACACCUGUGAAACCAUCCCUACAAUCAAAAUAGUAAACAUGCAUCAUCCCCAAAAUUUUUCUUAUGCCCCUUGGUAAUCCCUGUCUCGUGCCUCCCUGUCAUUGUUUCUUCCCCUGGCAACCACUGAUCAACUUCCUGGCACUGUAGAAGACUAGUUUGCAUUUUAUAUAAAUGAAAUCAUUGUAGUAUAUACUAUUUUCUUAAGCUGACUUCUUUCACUCAACGUCAUUUUUAGAUGAAUUCACCUUGCAUAUAUCAAUUCAAUCCUUUUUAUUGAUGAAUAAUAGUCUGUUGUGUGGAUAUAUCACAAUUUGCGUAUCCAUUCAUUUGCUGAUGAACAUUUAGGUUGUUUCCAGUUUCUGACUAUCACGAAUAAAGUUGCUCUGAACAUUUGUGUACAAGUUUUUGUGUGGACAUACACUUUUAUUCUCUUCGGUAAAUACGUAGGGGUGGAAUGGCUGAGUCAUAUUGUAGGGUAUAUUUAACUGUUUAAGAAAUUGCCAAACUGUUUUCCAAAGUGAUUGUCUCUUUUUACAUUCCCAUCAGUGAGAAUUCCAGUUAUUCCACACUCCAAUUAUGUUCUUUUUAACAUAUAGAGAAGUAAGAAGAAAACAGAAAGAGACAUAAAGAAUACCUAUAAUCCAUCUCUCAGAUUGUUCCUUUUGGUGUUUUCCUUCCCCCAAAUAACUCAUGUACAUGAUUAGAAAAUUCAAACAUCGUAGUCAGGAAUAAAAUGAAAAGCAAAACCACUACCCAGAGGCAAUUCUUGUUAACUGCUUUUGAUCUUCUAGAAAAACUUACACAAACAUAUACCUUUUCUCUUCCAGUUUACAGCCGAAGGAAUCAAAAUAUAUACACUGCUCUGCACCUUGAUUUUUUUCACUUUGCAAGUUAUUUUACAAGUAUUUUUAUAGCAGCACAUUUUUAAAUGGUUGCAUUACAAUCUUACAGUAGUGCAGUCGGUUUUGCUAUAAGAAAACACAAGUUUGUUCAGUGCAGUUGAUAUAAUAGGGAAUUGUUUAAAUAUAAUGUGAAGUUCACAUUUCUUAUGUGUGAUUUUGUCUGCAAGAAAUGCUCGGUGAACGAAGGAAACUACCCUGCCGAACUGAGCCAUGGAAGGAAUACACAAGCCUCACACAGGCACACACCUCAAACACCUUCCAGCGACCUGUUUACUGCUGUGCUAUGAGCCACACCCAUCCACAUCUGGUGUUACAGCUUUCUCUUGAUUUCAUAUUACCCUUCUACCACUGGACAGUAACUCACAAGCUGCAGACUUUCAGUGCCCACUAACUAUCACAGCAAACCUGAGGUCUUUUUCAAGUGAAGAACAGAUGUCAUCAUGUCUGGAAUCAAGCGAACAAUCAAAGAAACUGACCCUGAUUACGAGGAUGUAUCUGUGGCCCUUCCAAAUAAGCGGCAUAAAGCAAUUGAGAAUUCAGCUCGAGAUGCUGCUGUGCAGAAGAUUGAAACUAUUAUCAAGGAGCAAUUUGCACUUGAAAUGAAGAAUAAGGAACAUGAAAUUGAAGUCAUUGACCAGCGACUGAUUGAGGCAAGAAGGAUGAUGGAUAAGCUUCGUGCCUGCAUUGUCGCAAACUACUAUGCUUCUGCAGGACUUCUAAAAGUUUCUGAGGGAUCAAAGACAUGUGAUACCAUGGUUUUUAAUCAUCCUGCCAUCAAGAAGUUUUUGGAAUCACCAUCUAGGUCAUCAUCUCCUGCCAAUCAGAGAUCAGAAACACCAUCAGCCAAUCAUUCUGAAAGUGAUUCUUUAUCUCAACAUAAUGACUUCUUAUCUGACAAAGACAAUAACAGCAAUAUGGAUAUAGAGGAAAGACUCUCAAACAACAUGGAACAGAGACCAAGUCGAAAUACUGGAAGGGACACUUCUAGUAUUACUGGCUCCCAUAAAACAGAGCAGCGGAAUGCUGAUCUCACAGGAGAUGAGACUUCACGACUUUUUGUAAAGAAAACAAUAGUAGUGGGCAAUGUGUCCAAGUAUAUACCUCCUGAUAAGAGAGAAGAAAAUGACCAAUCAACCCACAAGUGGAUGGUGUAUGUCCGAGGGUCUCGUAGAGAACCCAGCAUUAAUCACUUUGUCAAGAAAGUUUGGUUCUUCCUUCAUCCCAGCUAUAAACCAAAUGACCUUGUAGAAGUUAGAGAGCCUCCUUUUCACCUGACCAGAAGGGGCUGGGGUGAGUUUCCUGUCAGAGUUCAAGUUCACUUUAAGGACAGCCAGAACAAGCGGAUAGAUAUCAUACAUAAUCUGAAGCUGGAUAGAACUUACACUGGCUUGCAGACUCUUGGAGCAGAGACGGUAGUGGAUGUUGAGCUCCACCGGCAUUCACUUGGAGAAGACCCUAUUUACCCUCAGUCCUCCGAGUCAGACAUCUCUGAUGCCCCACCAUCUUUGCCUUUGACCAUUCCAGCCCCAGUGAAAGCUUCCUCACCAGUAAAGCAGUCACAUGAGCCGGUACCUGAUUCUUCUGUGGAAAAGGGAUUCCCAGCCAAUACUGAAACUGAGAGACACACUACAUUUUAUUCUUUGCCAUCUGCAUUGGAACGGACACCCACCAAAAUGACAACAGCCCAGAAAGUUAUGUUUUGUUCUCAUGGCAAUUCAGCUUUUCAGCCAAUAGCAUCAAGCUGCAAGAUCGUACCACAGAAUCAGGUUCCUAAUCCUGAGUCACCUGGGAAGUCCUUCCAGCCUAUCACGAUGAGCUGCAAGAUUGUUUCAGGUUCCCCCAUAUCAACGCCAAGUCCAUCACCAUUGCCUCGAACCCCAACUUCCACUCCAGUCCAUGUGAAGCAAGGCACUGCCAGCUCUGUUAUUAGUAACCCUUAUGUUAUCAUGGACAAGCCAGGGCAGGUUAUUGGAGCCACCACUCCCACUACAGGAAGUCCUACAAACAAGCUCUCCACUGCAUCUCAGGCCUCCCAAGGAACAGGUUCCCCUAUUCCUAAAAUUCAUGGAAGUAGUUUUGUAACAUCUACUGUCAAGCAGGAGGAGUCUUUGUUUGCGUCUAUGCCACCUCUUUGCCCAAUUGGGAGUCACCCUAAGGUUCAGAGCCCCAAACCUAUAACUGGAGGACUUGGAGCUUUCACAAAAGUAAUCAUCAAACAGGAACCUGGUGAAGCCUCUCACGUGCCCACAACAGGAGCUGCCAGCCAGUCACCACUCCCUCAGUAUGUGACUGUGAAAGGGGGUCACAUGAUAGCUGUGUCCCCUCAAAAACAGGUCAUAACUGCUGGAGAAGGGACUGCCCAGUCACCCAAGAUUCAGCCCUCCAAGGUUGUUGGGGUGCCAGUUGGGUCUACUUUACCUUCAACAGUGAAACAGGCUGUGGCAAUUAGCGGUGGCCAAAUCCUGGUAGCCAAGGCCAGCUCUUCCGUCACCAAGGCAGUUGGUCCAAAGCAAGUUGUGACCCAAGGAGUUGCCAAAGCAAUUGUGAGUGGAGGUGGAGGAACCAUUGUCGCUCAGCCAGUGCAAACCUUAACCAAGGCUCAGGUCACUGCUGCUGGCCCUCAGAAGAGUGGAUCUCAGGGUUCAGUAAUGGCAACACUACAGCUACCAGCCACUAAUUUGGCCAACUUGGCAAAUUUGCCACCUGGCACUAAACUCUACCUUACAACAAACAGCAAGAACCCUUCAGGGAAAGGAAAACUGCUGCUGAUCCCUCAAGGAGCCAUCCUACGAGCCACCAACAAUGCUAACCUACAGUCCGGCUCAGCUGCCGGGAGCGCUGGUGCUGCGGGAGGAGGUGGUGGCAGCGGAGGAGGCGGGGCUGCAGCAGGAACGCAGAGCCCCGCUGGGCCUGGAGGGAUAUCCCAGCACCUGACUUACACAUCUUACAUCCUCAAGCAAACUCCUCAGGGUACAUUUUUAGUUGGCCAGCCAUCACCCCAGACAUCUGGAAAACAGCUGACUACUGGGUCAGUGGUCCAAGGAACACUGGGCGUCAGCACAUCUUCUGCACAAGGGCAACAAACAUUAAAAGUCAUCUCUGGACAAAAAACCACUUUGUUUACCCAGGCAGCCCCUGGGGGACAGGCCUCUCUAAUGAAAAUAUCUGAUGGUACUUUGAAGUCUGUGCCAGCCACCUCACAACUCUCAAAGCCUGGAACCACAAUGCUGAGAGUAGCAGGAGGGGUUAUCACAACUGCCACUUCACCAGCUGUGGCCCUCUCAGCAAAUGGUCCUGCACAACAGUCAGAAGGAACAGCGCCCAGUUCAUCAUCUACUAUAGGUUCUAUAAUGAAAACGUCUGGGCAGCAACAAGUGUGUGUGAACCAGGCCACGAUGGGAACCUGCAAGGCUGCUGCUCCCUCUGUCAUCAGUGCCACGUCCCUGGUGUCCACACCAAACCCCAUCUCCGGAAAAGCUACAGUGUCAGGAUUGCUAAAGAUUCACUCCAGUCAAUCCAAUCCCCAGCAGGCUGUCCUGACAAUCCCCAGCCAGCUGAAACCACUCAGUGUAAAUACGUCUGGAGGUGUGCAGACUAUACUGAUGCCUGUAAAUAAAGUGGUUCAGUCAUUUUCUGCCAACAAAUCACCUACCAUUCUUCCUGUUACUGCCCCAACUCCAGUUGUCCCCAGCUCUGCUCCAGCAACUGUUACAAAAGUGAAGACUGAACCAGAAACGCCUGGGCCAAGCUGCCUCUCUCAGGAGGGUCAGACAGCAGUGAAAACAGAAGAAAGUUCCGAGCUGGGAAACUAUGUUAUUAAGAUAGACCAUUUGGAGACUCUCCAGCAGCUCUUAACAGCAGUAGUUAAGAAGAUCCCAUUGAUCACUGCAGAAAGUGAAGAUGCCAGCUGUUUUUCUGCGAAGUCUGUGGAGCAGUACUAUGGCUGGAACAUAGGAAAGAGGAGGGCCGCUGAGUGGCAAAGAGCAAUGACAAUGCGAAAAGUCUUACAAGAAAUACUGGAGAAGAACCCAAGAUUUCACCACCUGACGCCCCUUAAAACCAAGCACAUUGCUCACUGGUGUCGCUGCCAUGGUUACACCCCACCUGACCCCGAGAGCCUGAGGAGCGAUGGGGAUUCUAUUGAGGACGUGCUGACCCAGAUCGACAGCGAGCCGGCUGUCACAGACAUUGCCUCUCAUUUAGAGUGCCCGGCGUCAUUCUCCUCGGCUGACAGCCUGUGCCGGAAGCUGGAGGACCUCCAGCAGUUCCAGAAGAGAGAGCCGGAGCACGAGGAGGAGGUGGAUGUGCUCAGCCUCUCGGAGCCGUUGCAGAUAAACGUCAAAAAAGAGCAGGAGGAGAAACAGGAAGAAGUGAAAUUCUUCCUGCCACCAACACCAGGGGCAGAAUUUAUUGGUGACAUCACACAGAAGAUUGGGAUCACCCUGCAGCCCGUGGCGCUUCACAAGAAUGUGUACGCGUCGGUGGUGGAGGACAUGCUUUUAAAGGCUACGGAGCAGCUGGUGAGUGACAUCCUGAGACAGGCUUUGGCGGUUGGAUACCAGGCAGCAUCCCACAACAGGAUUCCCAAAGAAAUUACAGUGACUAAUAUUCACCAGGCCAUUUGCAACAUUCCCUUUCUGGACUUCCUCACAAACAAACACAUGGGGAUACUGAAUGAAGAUCAGUGAAUGGAAUGAAGAUGCACCUGGAAAAGCAGGAUCUGA